AUGCCAAGUGCAACGGAUAUUACCAAUGAACGAAGAACGUUUAAAUGUCGAUAUUGUUCAUUUUUUACACGAUUUCGAACUCAGAUUAUUAAUCAUUUAGAUGAUGAACAUAAUAUUUUUGUCACCGAAUGUCCAAAAUGUAAGAAAAAUUUUCGUACAGAAUAUAAACUACGUCAUCAUCUUCGUCAUACGAAAGAGCACACUACUCUUGAUAUUAAUCCGAAUGAAUAUUUAUUACAACAUGUUGAUUUUCAAAUCGAAAAACCAUCGUUCAUUUGCCCACAAUGUUCAACUGUCUUCCCAUCCUAUGCUGAAUUAGAUACACAUUUAACCACUCAUCAUGCCUUAUUUGAUAAAAGUACAUUUCAUAUGUGUCGAUAUUGUAGUUUCACAUUUAAAACAUCGCUUAAAUUAGGACGUCAUAUCGCUAUCAAACAUUUUCAAGUCAAAUAUAUUGAACAAUCGAGUAAUAAUUCUGUUAUUAUCACCUACGGAAAUCAACAAAGUGAAUCAAAAACAGCUAACGACGAAAAUAAUAACAAUAACUAUUGCAAUUUAUGUAACAUGAAAUUCAUAAGAAGUAAAGAUCAUAAACUACAUGCGCAAAUCGUUCAUAAUAAGAAAUUAGACGAUAAACCAGCGAAUGAAGGACGAAUGUGUCAUGUUUGUGGUAGAAUACUAAAAAAUAAUCGAUCGUUUAUGAAACAUAUGUCAAUGAUACACAACAUGUCAGAGAAAGGACAUCAAUUACUUGAAUGUCCCGUAUGUGAAAAACGUUUUGCUCGACCAAAUGUACUUGAAAAACAUGUGUUUGUUCACCAAACAUGGGUAGGAGAAAAUGAAACAAGUCAAAGUGGUAUGGAAUCAAAUAAUCAAACUUAUCAAAACUUACCGAGUCAAGAAAUGGUUACCGAAAAAGACGAUGAACGGUUAAAUAUUAAUGAUUUUGAAAAAACGCUCAGUUCACACGAUACCACAUGUGAUUGUCGAGAGUUAAGAACAACACAUACUACACAAAAUGAUAAUGAUCUAUUAGAUUCGUUACUUCAAACAUCACCGCUUGAUAUAACAAAAAUAUUAUCUCUGUCUAAUAAUGAAGUCGACAUAGAAUCAAAUACAAAUGUAUCCGAUAUUGUGAACGAUUUGUCCAGUUCCUUGAGCACACCAGUCAAUCCAGUUGAGAGUGAGAAACAAAACUUGAUUGCUGUUGACAGUAGUACAUGCUCUUCUGAACUUGAUGGACUUUCGAUAAUGCCAACAUGUCAAGAUAUGCCUGAAUGUUCAUUAUCAAAUUCAACGGCUUAUGCUCAUCAAUGUAAAGUCUGUUUCUUUUGGUUUAAAUCGACAAAAUCUCUUACACGACACAAACGUUUUAUUCAUCGUCUCGUACCGGUCUUUCGAUGUAUGGACACAAAAUGUUUACAGUUGUUUCCAAAUCCAAAUGAAUAUCUAUCUCAUGCUAAAGUUCAUGAUCAAAAACAUUUUAUUUGUACACGCUGUUCAAAAUCAUUAACAUCUCGUAGCGAAUAUCAUUCUCAUAUGAAAGAUGAACAUGAACAACAACAACAACGGAAAUGUACACAAUGUAAAAUAAAAUUUAAAACAGACGAACAAUUCGAAACACACGCUCACACAUAUAGAUGUCAAAUGUGCUCUGAAAUAUUUACAGAAAAGAAUUCGUAUCAUAAUCAUGUGGCAAAACACGAUCAAAUUCAUUUAUAUCGAUGUGAAUCAUGCACGGAAACAUUUGAAAAUCGAAAGCAAUUAUCAAAACAUGCACUCGUUCAUCAUAAAAUACCAAAGCAAAAAACAUGUAACGAUUGUUGUUUAACAUUUAAAACGAAUUUUCAUCUUAAACGACAUAAUGUAACUAAACAUUCUGAUUCCAAACCGUUUAAAUGUGAACAAAAUGGUUGUGGACAAACAUUUGCAAGAAAAGACAAGUUAAAACAGCAUCAAGCAAAACACGGUGUUGAUGCGCCAUACAAAUGUUCGUACGAGGCUUGUUUUAAAGGAUUUUUUCGUCCCGAACAUCUUCGAGAUCACGAGAUUGUUAGACAUUCCAAGAAAUAUCCAUUUACAUGUGAAUUUUGUUCUAAAGGUUUUAUUCAUUAUAAACCAAUGUAUGCACAUUACAAACAGCAUCAUAUUGACGAACAAUCAAAAGAAGAAAACAAAAAUCAACAGCAAAAUUUUAGUUGUUUUUUAUGCCAUCGAAAUUUUAAUUUUGAAAAUCAUUUAAAAACACAUAUAUCAACGAAACAUGUUAAUUUAGUUCCUUAUUCAUGUUCCUACUGCAGAAAAGGAUUUUCGACUCUGGCUAGUGCAAAAAUUCAUGUUAAACGUGGCCAUGCAAAUUAUAUGUGUCCUAAAUGUAGGAAACACUUUCGAAGUAAAUUAAAUGCUAAACGACAUGUGAAUAAUAUUCACAAAACAAGUGACGAACCAUUAAUACAAACUAUAAAUAAUGUUGAUAUCGUUGAAACGGAUAAAAUGUCCGAUGCUAAUUCUCGAGUAACAACGUUAGAAUAUUCAUCGACGGCAACCGAUACGCCUUCAUCAUCUAACUGUAAUUCGUUAUUGCAAAAAGAACAGAUAUGGUCAGAAGAAGACUGUGGUUCAAAUUAUUUUCAAAUGAAAUUAUCUGUGAGAUGA